AUGGAAGAGAUUAACCAUUUUAGUCAUGAAAACCAUCAAUUAAAACUCCUCGACUAUGAGACGAUUGUAGGUGCUAGUGUCAAUGGUGGUGAUGAGAAAUCAGGGUUGAUUGGUUGCUAUGCAUGUGAAAAACCCAUAUCAAGUGGUGUUGCAUAUGCAUCCAAUGUCGUUACUUUCUUCAUAAAGAAUGUGCACAACUUCCGCUCAAAAUCUGGGGUGUUUUCAUAUACUUUUGAGAAGGAUAAGAUAUACAUCUUUAAAGCUUGCAUUGAUUGUUGUGUUGGUAGGAUUGCUCGCAAGGCUGAAGCAGAUGCUAUCAAGGAGGAGGCAAAGAUGAAGCGGAAUGAGUGGUUGUAUCAUUGUGCAAAUUGUAGAUAUUUUGUCCAUAUCAGGUGUGCCUUAAAUGCAGAGCAAACUUCUACUACUCAAAGAGAUGUCUCAAGUACUUCUUUUGUUGAUAAAGACCUAAAAGAUUUGUUGGAAUUUCCCAUGUCAGAGGCAUUCACGGAUCCAUUAAAACUGCUACAUUUGGAUAAGACAAUUAUAGAUGAUGAUGACACGAAGGAAAUUAAACAUUGGAGCCAUCAUCAUCCAUUAAUACUUAAUGUUAUUCAUCAAGUUAACAACAUGUAUGGUAUGAUCUCUAGUGAUCCAAUAGAGGUAUGUCACGGGUGUGUACGACCCCUCUCCCUUCCAUUCUAUAGUUGCAAAGAUGGAUGUUCAUUUACUCUCCACAAAUAUUGCACCGAGUUACCCCUCAAAUUACAACAUCCACUUCACCCGGAUCAUUCGCUUGUCUUGAUAAACACAACGGGGCAUGGUAUAAACUAUACAUGCAUUGGUUGUUUUAGCUACGCCAACAUGUUUUUUUACAACUGUGAAACUUGCAAGUUCUACCUUGAUGUCAACUGUGCAUUUCUACCCAAAACCAUCAAACACAAAUCCCACAAGCAUCCUCUUAUCCAAGUUAUCGAUCCUGGACCUCUUUGUAACGCUUGCAACAUGUGGUCUAAUUGUAUAAGAUAUGUUUGUAAGGCUUGUAGCUUCAUAUUAGGCAUGAAAUGUGCAAUGAGGUCGCCACAUACCCUUGGUCAUAGGUAUUGCAAAGGACAUGAAAUCCCAUUGACAUAUCCCCCGGUCAUGGAUCAUCUUGAAGAUUUCUAUUGUGAUAUUUGUGAGGAAGAAAUGCACCCCAAGUUCCCCCUCUAUUAUUGUGGCAAUUGCAAGAAUUCUUUUCACCUUGAUUGCAUUAGUCGAUUCGAUUAUUAUUCAAACAUUUUCAAAGAAGGCACCUUGAAUGUUUCCUAUCACAAACAUCCAUUAACAUUUGUUCGGAGAAAGAAAACACCCAAGUAUGUGUGUUCUGUUUGUAAUCAAGAUAUUAAUGGUUAUCAGGGCCGGUCCUAA